GGAGCCACUGGAUUCCCUGGAGCUGCUGGACGUGUCGGACCCCCCGGCCCUAAUGGCAACCCAGGUCCUCCUGGCCCACCUGGCUCUGCUGGCAAGGAUGGUCCCAAGGGUGCUCGAGGAGAUGCUGGUCCUCCAGGCCGUGCUGGAGAUCCUGGACUACAGGGACCUGCAGGUCCUCCGGGAGAGAAAGGAGAACCUGGAGAAGAUGGACCCGCGGGUCCUGAUGGUCCUCCAGGGCCACAAGGUUUGGCAGGACAACGUGGCAUUGUGGGUUUGCCUGGACAACGUGGAGAGAGAGGAUUCCCUGGACUACCAGGACCAUCAGGUGAACCAGGCAAACAAGGAGCUCCUGGAUCUGCAGGUGACCGAGGACCUCCUGGUCCUGUGGGACCUCCUGGGCUAACAGGUCCUGCUGGAGAACCUGGACGUGAGGGUAAUCCUGGCUCUGAUGGACCUCCAGGUAGGGAUGGAGCAGCUGGAGUCAAGGGUGACCGUGGUGAAACCGGUCCUGUGGGAGCUCCUGGUGCUCCUGGAGCUCCUGGAGCUCCUGGCCCUGUUGGUCCCACCGGAAAACAAGGAGACAGAGGGGAGACGGGUGCCCAAGGUCCCAUGGGUCCCUCUGGUCCUGCUGGAGCUCGGGGGAUGCCGGGUCCCCAAGGGCCUCGUGGGGACAAGGGGGAGACAGGAGAGGCUGGAGAGAGAGGGUUGAAGGGUCACCGUGGCUUCACUGGGCUUCAAGGUCUUCCUGGACCACCUGGUCCUUCUGGAGAUCAAGGUGCUGCUGGGCCUGCAGGUCCUUCUGGUCCUAGGGGUCCCCCUGGUCCUGUUGGCCCCUCUGGCAAAGAUGGCUCCAAUGGUAUGCCAGGUCCUAUUGGUCCUCCAGGACCUCGUGGACGGAGUGGAGAACCAGGUCCUGGUCCUCCAGGAAAUCCAGGUCCUCCAGGUCCUCCAGGUCCUCCUGGCACUGGCAUUGACAUGUCAGCGUUUGCUGGGCUGGGGCAGACAGAGAAGGGACCUGACCCCAUCCGGUACAUGAGGGCAGAUGAGGCCGUCGGGAGCCUGAGGCAACACGAUGUGGAGGUGGACGCUACCCUCAAGUCCCUCAACAACCAGAUUGAGAGCAUCCGCAGCCCUGAGGGCUCCAAGAAAAAUCCAGCCAGGACCUGCCGUGACAUCAAGCUCUGCCACCCUGACUGGAAGAGUGGAGACUACUGGAUCGACCCCAACCAGGGCUGCACCUUGGAUGCCAUCAAAGUCUUCUGCAACAUGGAGACAGGAGAGACCUGUGUCUACCCCAACCCCAGCAGCAUCCCCAAGAAGAACUGGUGGAGCAGCAAGUCCAAAGAGAAGAAACACAUCUGGUUUGCAGAGACCAUCAACGGUGGUUUCCACUUCAGCUACGGCGACGAAGACUUGGCUGCCAACACUGCCAACAUCCAGAUGACAUUCCUGCGCCUCCUGUCCACCGAGGGCUCCCAGAACAUCACCUACCACUGCAGGAACAGCAUUGCCUACAUGGAUGAGGAGACAGGCAACCUGAAGAAAGCUCUUCUCAUCCAAGGCUCCAACGACGUGGAGAUCCGAGCCGAGGGCAAUAGCAGGUUCACCUACAGCGUCUUGGAGGAUGGUUGCACGAAACACAGUGGCAAGUGGGGCAAGACGGUGAUCGAGUAUCGGUCGCAGAAGACUUCUCGUCUACCCAUUGUAGAUAUUGCACCUAUGGACAUUGGUGGAGCUGAGCAGGAGUUUGGUGUAGAUAUUGGCCCAGUUUGCUUCUUGUAA